AUGAUGAACACGUCGCUGUUGGUGCAGGAUGUGGAUGAGAUCCAAAGCGCUGUGGAUCGAUGGUAUCGCCAGUCGUCGUCCAAUCUGCAAGCGAGCCAUGCUGCGUUCACUGCGCAGCUGCGGCAGCUGCAGGAACGCCUAGGCGUUGACCCGGGUGCACCGACGCUCAGCGGGCAUGUAGAUGCGAUGAUCACCCCACCUCGCCACAUGUACCUAUCGGAUGACAACAAUAGCGGCUCACCACCGAUGGCCUCUCCUCCCAUCAGCCGCGGCCAGCUCAACUACGACCACCUACUCGACGAAGUGAUCAGCAAAGGUGCAUCGAUCCCGCCGUUCAACCCCGAGGAGGAGGCAGAGCGGCGCCGGCGACCCAAUGCGGAGUCGGUGAGAGCCCCUUCCACACCGCCGGAGGACUGCAACGGGCCUUGUCAGGUGCUGGUGGAGUUCAAGCGCAAGCGCAUACUGCAGUACGAAUCUCCCUACUACGUAGCCCCGGGCGAGCACGUCGUUGUCGGUGGCGACAGAGGAGAGGACAUUGGGCUCGUCACGCACACGUGGAGAGACGCGGAGACUCACCAGCUCGGCGAGAACCGCGACAAGGGCGUAGGCAAGGUUCUGCGCGUUGCGAGCGUGCUCGAGGUGACGCAGUUGCAGGGUGUGCAGACAGAGCUUGAGACGCGCGCUGUGGAGGUGGCCCAGGAAAAGGUCCAGGAGAGUGGGCUGCCCAUGCGCAUCGUAGACGCCGAGUACCAAUUCGACCGUCGCAAGCUCACUUUUUACUACCAGUCCAUGCACCGACUUGACUUCCGCACGCUGGUGCGCGACUUAUACAAAACCUUCCGUGCCCGUAUCUGGAUGGAGCCUGAUACCUCGUCCUGA